AUGUCAGUAAAUCACCCACUCUUAUUACUUUUUUUUCUUCUGACCUCCAAAACAGGGUUCAGUGCUGAGAUCUCUGUGUUUGUGCAGACGGGAGCGUCUGUUCAACUGGAUAUACAGACACAACAACUACCAGAGUUUGAUCUUUUGUCCUGGAUGAAUGAUAAAUUAGAGAGUAUAGUUAGAUAUAACAGUGAUUCCAAAAUAGUAAAACUUCACAAUCCCUACAAGGACAGAGUGGAUUUCAAUGAUACAACCUUCUCUCUGACACUGAAGAACAUGCAGAAGACAGACAGCGGACUCUACACAGCAAGAAUAAGUGGAUUAAUAAACAAAGAUUUUGUUGCAUACAGAAUAUCUGUUAUAGAUGCUGUGGCGGCUCCUGCCCUGACUGUGAACUCAAACUGGUUCAGCAGUGACUCCUGUACUGUGAACUUCACAUGCAGAGCUCAUGAGCUCACGAUUUACUCUAGCUAUCAGAACAACAGCUGCUCUCCAGAGGAAGUGACAUUACAGCAAAACUACACUCUCAUCCUGUUCUGCAGUGAGGAAACCAUCAUCUGUAACCAUAGCAACCCUGUCAGCUGGAAAGAAAACAGAUCAAAUAUUACACAGCUUUGUGUUAAUAAUGAGACUGAGACUAUGAAGACUGAUUCAUUUCUCCUGUGGUCAGUAGUUGGAUCGGUGCCAGUGUGCAUUUUGAUAAUAUGUAUUAUAGUCUUUAUGAACUGCAAGUGUAAAAAAGGUGCUCAGGAGGAGGUAGUAGAAGGUAAUACAGUCUAUGCUCAUGUUGAGGCUCAGGAAAUGCAGAAAAUCAACAGUGACUGCAAUACAUACGAUAUUCCACACCGGGUUCAAGCCCAGACAGAAGAUGAAACUGGAGAUAAUCGACCCAACACAACCUACUGCACAGUAGGACAAUACCAAGAACAAAAAAUCCCCCCUGAAACAGAGAAAACUAUUUAUUCAGUGGUGAAAAAAAAAACAAACAAGAAACCACCUGCCAUUUCAUCUGAUGACACUUAAAAAAAUUGUGGCUAUAUGUCACAUGAGGAAGUUGUCACAAGGCCUGAUCUCAAAAUGGUAUACUACCCUUACUAUAUCUGCCAUAUCUUUAUAUGGUAGAAAUAAUGGUUUCUCUAGCAUUGGUUUAGCAUACUGGUUUCAAACAUCCAGAUCCAAAGUGUUUUGAGUGUGAAUUCUAUCCUUUAAUGUGAUUUUGUACACAGAAUAUAUAACUUCCAAAAAUAACCACAGUGAGCAAUAUUAACUGAAGUAAACUGUGACAAUCAACCCCGAUCUGCCCCACAUGAUAAUCAGUAGAUUAAUAUAAUAUUAACCUUACCUUCCAUGUUAUAUUUAACAAGUAUGCAUUUUAAUUUAAAAAAUAUUUAGUACGAAGCCAGGCAAACUAGUGCAGAAUGCAAAUCCAGUACAACUUUAGGUAUGUUAUUUAUACCUACAGCCAAAUACGUUUUAGUACAUUUUGAUAACCACUAGUUGGAGAUAUUGUAUCACAUUUCUGGCCAUACCUUUUCAGUUAAACUGAGUGGGAUCUUUUCUACAAUCGGAAUAACUGCUCUUAUGGGCUUAUGGUCUAAAUAAAUAAGUAUUAUUUUAUUAUGAAACUUUCGUAUUUUAUUUAAGCCUUUGACACAAUUCAAUAAACUGCAGAUUUCCCUAAAUAUAGCUUUAUUUCAAUGUUAUUUUCCCCUACAGGUAGGGCUAUGGUUCGUUUAUUUAUUUCAGAGUUUUGAAGUAUAUCGAUGCAAAGCUGUGAUCUCAUGGACCACUUGAAAUAAUUCAAUGUAGAUGUUAUGAAACGCUACAUUGAAUCUUUUUUUAACUGGUUCUUAAACAAGUUUGCAGAAGAGAG